UAGGGGAGAAGUGGUGGAGGGCAGAAGAGUGGAUUGCAGCAGAAAGUUUCGGAUUCUGUGUGGAUUAAUGUUGUGGAUAUUGAGUGGAAUUAUUGAUUGCUUGUAGGAGUGGGAGCUAUGAGGACUCUAUUGUGCUCCCUCGUACUACUGGUCAUCUGGUCUGGUCAUGGUGUUCGACUGGAGUCCACUGAGGGUGUGCAGUGCCCAUCCGUACAAGUUGAAGAAUGGAAGUUUCCCCAGACUGCCAGGCACAACAUUACAGGUUUCAAUCUGGUGCGGCACUUCUCCUUGAUGAAGAACAGCGACGUGAAGAAGAUUCGUAACUCGCGAGGGCCCGUCAUCCUCCGUCUGGGAAAGGUUCGCCUCAUCCAGCCCACUGAGGAGGUGUUUCCACAUGGACUACCUGAGGAAUUCACACUGGUCUUCACUGUGCUGCUGAAGAAUAAGAGUCUGAGGGAAAACGUCUACCUUUUCCAAAUCUCAGAUGAACACGGAUACCCUCAGUUCUCACUGGACCUGAACGGACCCGAGGGUACGCUGGCACUGCGGGUGGCGGCUGCAGAUCCCGGUGCUUCGUCGGCGGUGUACAUAUUUAACGGCGAGGGUGUGGAGUCUCUGCUGGACAUGCGCUGGCACAAAGUAGCUCUGAGUGUACAGAAGUCUGCAGCCUCACUCCACGUGGACUGCAGCUCCAUCGAGAGCAAGCCGCUCGAGUCCCGGGGACACGUCCCGGUGUCUGGACACACGCUGCUGUUCAUGAGGGCCACUGACGCCGCCCCCGUGGAGAUGGACAUCCAGCAGGUGAUGGUGUACUGCGACCCAACUCUGGCCAUUCAGGAAGCCUGCUGUGAGAUCCCAGGAGCCCGGUGCCCUCCAGACGCCCCCAAAAGUCGUCGAGCAGCAGAGAACCUGGUGGAGAUCCUUCCCAACCCCUUCAGCAUGCCCAUCCACGGAUCAAAGGACUUGGCGGAAAAAUGUGCUGGCUGUGUGUUGAUCGGUGGGGAUCAGAAUCUUGUCCAGGACGGAAACGCGGGUCAGCCUGGCAUCAAAGGAGAAAAAGGAGAGCGGGGUUUGGACUGCACCGGUGCUGGAGUUCCUGGUCGGUGCCCAGUGGGGGUGAAUGGAGAGAAAGGAGAGCCGGGAGGACCUGGAAAUUGGGAGGCUGCUACAGGAAUUAAGGGAGAUAAAGGAGAGAAGGGUGAAAUUGGAGCCUCAGGACCGACUGGAAAUCCGGGCAAAGAUGGUCGUGCUGGUACCAUUUGCAUUGUGGGUCCUAAAGGCCAGAAGGGAGCCACGGGUACAGUUGGUCCAGAGGGGCUUGCAGGAGAACCAGGCCCACCAGGACCCCCUGGAUUACCUGGUGUUGGCAAACCAGGGCUACCGGGGAUCCCAGGCCUACCCGGAUCAAACGGAGUCAAAGGGGAUGCUGGGAUACCUGGCAAGGACGGGCUGACGGGUGAUCCUGGUCCGAGGGGUUCAUUCGGGUCUAAAGGGGAGAAGGGGGAGCCCUGUGAAGUGUGUCCAACUCUGCCAGAAGGUUCUGAUGGUAAUGUGAUUGUACAAGGGAAAGCUGGACCUAAGGGAGAACCUGGAGAACCAGGCAAAGGAGAACAGGGUUUACCUGGCACAUUAGGAAAAGAUGGAAAACGAGGAGAAAAGGGAGUGCCAGGGUCACUCGGAGCCAAAGGGGAAAAGGGUGAGUCGUGUACUGCGUGCCCUAUUCCCGGUGAUACCCCCGCAGGUCUUUUGAACAUGAAGGGGGAGAAAGGAGAGGCAGGGAUUGGCCUGAAAGGUGAACAGGGAGAACCAGGUCUCAGUGGACUCAGAGGAGAGAAGGGCAAUGCAGGCAGCAAAGGCACUGAAGGGAAAGUUGGUAAACCUGGUCCAAGAGGUUUAGGUGGAAAGGACGGACAGAGAGGAACAAAGGGUGAUGUUGGUGACCCUGGACCCCGAGGUGAAAAGGGAGAGUCAUGUGGUGUUUGCCAGGACGGCCUAUCAGAGAGUACGGGAUCAACUACAAUUAAGGUGCGCGAGCCAGUGGCGGGCAAACAGGGUCCUCAAGGCCCUUCAGGAGAGAAGGGUGACCAGGGCUUACAGGGAAUUCCAGGAGCGCCUGGAUUAUCGGCAGAGCCGGGACAGCCUGGUGAACACGGAAAAGACGGUCGUAAUGGACUUAAAGGAGAAAAGGGAGAUGCCUGUGUCAGCUGCACACAGAUUUCGACAGAGCCAGGGAAUACUGUGAGCAUACCUGGACCUAAGGGACAAAAAGGAGAGCCAGGUCCAGUUGGUGAGGGCAAGCCGGGGAAACAGGGUCAACAAGGGCAGAGAGGUAUUCCUGGACCGCCUGGUCCUGUUGGACCGCAGGGACCCCCCGGGCUUAUGGGACCAGCAGGACAAAGUGGCCCUAAAGGAGAGAUCGGGCUAACAGGACCUCAGGGGCCAAUAGGGAUUAGUGUAACUGGACCACCGGGUAGAGAUGGUUAUCCUGGUCCUCAUGGAGCACCGGGGAUGGAUGGGAUACCGGGAGCCGCUGGACCUAGGGGUGACAAGGGUGAUCCAGGAGACUGUGGCUGCUCCAGUUCACAACAAAACGGGCGACCUGGUGUCCCGGGUGUUAACACUGGUCUUCAGGGGCCUCCAGGACCUCCAGGCCCACCUGGCCCACCAGGGCCCCUGGGUUUCACAGGGCCUCAAGGCCCAAAGGGUCAGCCUGGCAAAGAUGGCUUACCAGGGAAACCGGGUUCACCCGGCCAAGCAAUUCCGAUACCGAUGGAUACCCCUUCCUCAACUGAAACGGGCCGGCCUGGUGUAUCCGGUGUGCCUGACACCAAGAAUGGACGAACGGAUCCUGGCAAGCCUGGAGUUCUACCUUCUAAUGGCUGUGAGAAUUGUCACAAAAGGCCUCAAGGUGAAGACCCAAGAGGGGACGGGAAUCCAACCAACAAUGCAUGCACAGGUGUACCAGGUGUACCAGGGACGCCAGGCACCCCAGGUCAACCAGGGAUCAAAGGAGAUCCGGGUGAGAGGGGAGAAAGAGGUCCUUCUGGUCUUCCCGGAAACCCUGGUAAUAUUGGUUUUCCUGGUCCUCAAGGCCCUCCCGGACUCCCUGGAAUACAGGGUGAGAGAGGAACCCACGGGCUUCCAGGACAGAAAGGGGAACAGGGUCCACCUGGAAGUCCUGGAUACCCUGGAACCAUGGGACCACCCGGACUUCCUGGUCUGAAAGGAGAACGAGGCAGUCCAGGCGGAGCAGGACAAAAAGGAGAAUCUGGUCCGCCGGGAAUGCCAGGCUUUCAGGGACCACAUGGCCCAGCUGGUCCCAAAGGAGAAUCAGGAGCAGGAGGACCCAUAGGACCAAAGGGAGAUCAGGGCUUCCCAGGACCACCAGGAUUUCCUGGAAAUCAGGGACCCUCUGGACCUCCAGGAAAGGCUGGGCCUACAGGACCACCAGGACCAAGAGCAGAUCCGGGCAGUCCAGGACUCCAGGGCCCACAGGGACCUACAGGCCCUCCAGGAUCUCCUGGAGGCCCAGGUUUGCAGGGUCCACCUGGUGUAGAUGGAAUUGAUGGGAAGGAUGGAAAACCUGGACAGCGGGGUGAUCCAGGUCCACCUGGUUCUGCUGGUCUCAGAGGAAUCCCGGGAUUUAAAGGCAUAAAGGGACACACGGGCUUCCCAGGACAAAAGGGUGAUAUUGGACCUCAGGGACCCCCGGGAUCAGCCGGACGACAAGGACUGGAGGGUGAACCUGGUCCACCAGGGCCACAGGGACCACAUGGUCCUCCUGGACAUUUGGGUUCUGUUGGUCCUCCAGGGCCAGCGGGACCAGCUGGUGUUCCCGGCAUGGGUGUUAAAGGUGACAAGGGCGAGGCUGGAGAGAGAGGGCUGCCAGGCAUGCCAGCGCCACCAGGGGCACCUGGGCAUCCAGGACAGAUGGGAGAGCCAGGCAGUGAUGGUGCAGCGGGUAAAGAUGGAGCAUCAGGUCUGCCAGGAGAAGCAGGUUCAACAGGACAGAAGGGUGAAGCAGGAACUCCAGGUUCAAGGGGUCCUCCAGGAGAGCGCGGUCGCCCCGGCCCCCCUGGAGGAGGAUAUAGCUCUAAAGAUGGAGGAUUAGGAAUGAUGGGACCUGCAGGGCCCCGUGGAGAGAGAGGCAACCCUGGAUCUCCUGGACAAGCCGGAGGUCCGGGAUCACCAGGGAUGCCGGGAAAUGAUGCUGUUGUCAACUAUGAUGACAUUCGGUCUUUCAUCAGACAGCAGGUCAUCAAGGUAUUUGAUGAACGCAUGGCCUACUACAUGUCACGUAUGCAGAUGCCAGUAGAAAUGGUGGCAUCCCCCGGGAGACCCGGAUCCCCAGGCAAAGACGGCAACGCAGGACGGCCAGGACCUCCAGGCAAUCCAGGCCGUCCAGGACAAAUUGGGCGAGAGGGUAGAUCGGGACCCAUCGGGCCUCCUGGUCUUCCGGGAAUAAAGGGAGAGAAAGGAGAUAAAGGAGUGGGAGAAAUGGGAGACAGUGGACCACCAGGUGCUCCAGGUGUUCCUGGACCCCCUGGUUACGGUAAAAUGGGAUCACCAGGCUCCAUGGGUCAACAGGGCAUCCCUGGUAUCCCUGGACCUCCUGGACCAACUGGAUCCAAGGGUAAAGAUGGUCGUUGCCAUCCAUCUGACUGCAUGAGUGCACCUAUGGACUACAGCCCCAAAGGCCCACCAAUGAAAGGCCCCAUGUACUAAACAGUGUUAGAGUGAGGGAGCAACUGGGGGUAGGGGGGUGAGCCAAAAAUUAGCAGUUCCAUCCUAUGCCUCUGGUACCAUCCGUGGACAGCCGGUGGAGCUAAAGGGCAUCUCUGUCACUAUUGUGUUAAAGAUGAACCAAUGCCAAAAAUGUCCAACAACCACUAGUAUGAGUCUUGGUGCUAGCAUCUCUUGGACCACCUAGAUUCUUAAUUUCAUUUAUUCGGACCUUUAUAAUGUAUUAUUUGCUAAUGCUUGGAUUUUUAAUUAAAAGCCCCAAGCAAAAAGAUAUUUCCCUUUUCCACCUGCAUUACCUUAAAACAAGAUUUAUGGCUCAUUGGCCAUGUGGUGCUGUCAGGUAUCUGAGAUUUAUUGCCAAAGUUAGCCAUUUGCACCUUUAUUCAGCAAUGCAGUGGGUAUAAAGUGAACAAACAUCCAGUUUUGUCCGGUUUUCUAGGCAGCUGAUACAGAUAAGCUGCCGGUGGAUAUUGUGGCGUACUUGUUAUUACGGCACUUGAUGUAGCUUGCUGUAAAGGCACAGAUGAGAUUUAAUUAUGCCUGUUUGUCUUAAGUUGUACAUAUUUGUAUUUAUAUGUAAUGGCUUUUCAUACAUUUUUAUAAUCUGACAUCAGCAUUUUAGUCCUUGUGUUUGCAGCAUUGCCUCACACAUUGUGGUAUUUUGAUCCAUUUUGUAAAUUUGGUCCAAGUUUGACUUCAUGCUAUGGAAGUUGUGAUAUUUAUAUAAGCAGUUUGUAGUGACAAACCCCCCUUAUGAUUUAAAUUAACUUGAAUUGUUUUGACUGACCACUUUCAGGUAAAGCACAUAAACUCCUGUGAACUUUAUUAGUUAUAGCUAUGCAUCAACCCAAUUUAUUGAGUAUUUUAUAAGCUGAACCUACAGUGCAGAUAAACUUUGUGGAUAUAGGAUUGCUGAUUGGUUGCUUUGUACACUGUAUAAACCUCCCAAUACCCCAUCUGACCCCACUGACCAGAUGUUAUUCUUACUGUGUAUGAGUGUUAUCAGGUGCAUCAGUGUUUAGACAAUACUGUUUUUAAAUACUUGAUGACCAACACAUAACCUGUUAGCACUCAUUUGCGGACUCACAGUUAGAAAUGAGAGCUUUAUUAUGCCUUAUAUCUAUUUAUGAUCAUGAGACUCUGUUAGCUUUAUAUUUUUGGAAAACUAUUUUCCUCCAGCAUUAACACUGGGGUGUUAUAAAAAAAUCCCAACAACUUUGCUGCACCUGAUACACUCUUUCUCAUUACCGUGUUAUUGUCACUGCAGUGCGGUAAAUGAUGAUGAAAAAAUAGGACAGGGGUGUGACAAAGCAUACAGAGCAACAAAGGUUCAGUCAGUUACUGUAUACAUAUAAAGUUUAUCUGUAUGAUUGGUGUUGCUUAUAAAGGAUCAAGGAAUGUAUGUAAGAGAUUGGUUUACCUAAUAAAGUGAUAAGUGAAUGUACUUCUGUUUAGAUAUAGAUUCAGUCACUUUUAGGAAUUAUGUCCAGCCAUCAUUACCAUUAGUAGCUUUACAGUCUGUGUCCAAUGAUCUUAAAAGCUUUAAAAGCUUUUCUGAUUUUAAACAUUAAAUACCACGGUUUUACCUACUUUUUUUUACAGGUUUUAGAACAUUCCAAAUUUUUCCUGCUUUGCUAAUUCUAAAACCACAGUGUCAGCAUACGUCUGAACCAAAAAUAAUAAAGCAGUAAUAAAUCAUUUGUAAAACACAUUUCUAUAUGAAUUGAUAACUGGAAUCAUGUUUAUUAGACCAGAAUUAUGUGAUGCACAACAUUGUACAAUCAAUAUUUCAGACCCCGCCCAAAUGGGUUUAAACUUCAGUUGCUUAGUUCAUCUGUAUUUUUUUGUUUUUAUGUACAUCAUGAACAAGACAACAGCUCUACCGUCAUCCGUGCUUUACAGUUUUUAUACUAUAAUCUAAAAGCUUUUUUAAUUGUCCACUAUUAAUUACACUGCUGUACUGAACUCUGACUGUACAUUACAUCUCUUCUACCAGACCUAACUUUUGUGUGAAUGUCUGGAUCUGUACUCUAGCUCCUAUAUUUGUAUUUACUAAAGCAUCCUCAAAAUCUUUACCUCUGAUGUUUAUGUCAUUUAAAAGUAGACAUAGGUGCUGUUUUCUGUUUGUUUAUGAUGAAACUAAAGACCCAGGUGAAUGACAGGUGAAUGGGUUAGGUUAGUACCACAUUUCUUCACAUUUUCUACAGCUUUGUUUUUCAGAACUUUCUCUCUUUAUUUAAUUUGUUUGCUUUGCCAAGCUUUAUUCCAACCGGUUUUAUAAAAAUGUGAACCAAUAAAAUGGUGGUGCUUACA